AAUUCUAAGUGUUGUGUUAGAAAAAUCAUAAAUCUGUGUAACAGUGAUUGUUCUAUAGUAUCUAGAUUUUAUCAGAUAAGUUUUAAACCAACCAGAUGGUUCACAAGAUGGCACCGAAGCCACAAGAAAAUAUACCGGCAGUGCACGCCGAGGACAGCGACUUGUCAGGGUCGCUGAACAACGCUAGCAGUCUGGGAAAUCUUAGCAAUAAUCUGAAGCUUAACGGUUUCAUCAAUAAUGGUUUUGUGUCGGAUUGCACAGUCAAUACGGAUAAGCAGGGUCAGACAACGGAUCUCGAUUCGAAGGCUAUCGCUAAAAACGGCAAAAAUACCGGAGCCAAUACCGUCAUACAGGAGAAAGCGAUCGUCGAUUUCGACGAUUUGCUACCCCAUAUAGGCGAGUUCGGACGAUAUCAGAAGAUCCUGUUUCUACUGAUGAUUCCGUUUGCAUUCUUCGUGGCGUUUGUAUAUUUUUCUCAAAUUUUCAUGACGGUGGUGCCGGAGGAACACUGGUGCUACGUGCCGGAACUGGAACAUUUAUCUGUGGAAGAAAGACGUGCCUUAGCUAUUCCGAUUCAAUAUGAACACGGAACUGAAUUUGACGACGGCGCUGCUUCCUACAGCAAAUGUUCGAUGUACGCGGUAAACUUCACCGAAGUGCUGGCCAACAAUAUCCGCAAGGCAGACCCAACGUGGCCGACGCAACCCUGCCAGCACGGAUGGGAGUACAACUUUACCGAUGUGCCAUACAAAACAGCUGCCACCGACUUCGAAUGGGUGUGCGAGUACUCGUACCUGUCCACGCUGUCACAGUCGAUCUUCUUCGUGGGUGCCAUCGUGGGUGGACUGCUGUUCGGGUGGAUUGCUGAUCGUUACGGUCGGAUACCGGCACUGGUCGGUUGCAACGUGAUUGGAUUCGUAGCCGGCGUGUGGACCGCUUUCGUCCUUAACUUUUGGCAGUUCGCCUUAUGUCGGUUUCUCGUCGGAUUUGCAUUUGACAACUGCUUUACCAUGAUGUACAUUUUGGUUCUGGAGUAUGUGGGUCCGAAAUGGCGAACAUUUGUCGCCAAUAUGUCUAUUGCACUGUUUUUCACCGCGGCGUCUUGCGGUCUACCGUGGAUUGCUUACUACAUUGCCGAUUGGAAACUGUUCGCUAUUGUUACCUCGGCACCUCUCCUGCUAGCCAUAUUCACACCAUUUCUCGUACCCGAAUCAGCACGUUGGCUGGUGUCUCAAGGAAAAGUGGAUAAGGCUCUUCGCAUUCUCAAGAAAUUCGAAAGGAUUAACAAAAAGACAAUUGAUGCCAAAGUGUAUCAGGAAUUUAGCGACAGCUGUGUUCGUCUCCAGGAAGAGGAAGCUGUUAAUAGCAACUACUCGGUGCUUGAUCUGUUUAAGACGCCACGAUUGAGGAAUAUCACUAUUCUGCUGAUCGUCAUCUGGAUGGCCAUCUCAUUGGUAUUCGAUGGGCACGUCAGGAACGUCGGCUCACUUGGGUUAGAUCUAUUUUUCACAUUUACGGUUGCAGCUGCUACCGAGCUGCCAGCCGAUACUUUUCUCACUUUGACUUUGGACCGAUGGGGUCGCCGUUGGCUGGCCUGCGGAACGAUGGUGGCUAGUGGAGUUUUCAGUUUGCUUGCCACUGCUGUACCUAUGGGUGCAUAUUCUGCUACGCUGGCAAUUCUCGGUCGGUUCAGUGUAAAUAUCUCUUACAACAUUGGGCUGCAAUAUGCUGCCGAACUUCUACCAACGGUCGUCCGCGCUCAGGGCGUGGCUUUCAUUCACAUUAUGGGUUACGUGGCUAGUAUUGUAGCCCCAUUCGUGGUCUACCUGACGCAUAUUUCCCCCUCCAUGCCAUUGAUCGUGUUAGGCAUCAUCGGAGUGGUGGGAGGUGUGCUUUCCCUAUUUUUGCCCGAAACACUCGGACAUGAUUUGCCACAGACGCUGGCAGAUGGAGAAGACUUUGGACGAGGGCAAAAAAUUUGGGACUUUCCAUGCAUGACAAAAAAAAUAGACGAUGACGUCGGUGACCUUCCGGUGCAGCGUUUCACCCGUGCUACAUCAAAGAACUCGAUCGGUGCUUCGCUGCGUGCAUCAACUCGUGGAGAGCUCAGCUCCAGUAUGCUGAACCGUUCGAUCCGAUCGCGUGCUUCAACUCGAUCUCAGCAGCAACCACGACUUGACCAGUUAACAGAACACGUCUGA